AACCCUUGGCAGGCCCCGGUUUCAGCUGAGCACACCACUCUUUUUUGCACUGUCCACCAGGCCUGUUCCCAGCGGCUACUCUUGAGUCAACCAGAACCGAAUUCGCCCUUCGUCACGUGCAAUUGAGACGUUCUAGCCUGCCGUUUACCGCCAAGUUUGCAACGCUUUUUUCAGUGUUUACCGCCAGGUACAGCCUAUAGCGCCCAGUUUUGCUCAAAUUUUGGCCCGUUUUUACAGCCUUUAGCGCCCAGAUAUACAAUACUUACCACUAAGCUUACUCACUACUUUUCAGCGUUAAGCGCCUAAAUUUACUCCCUUUUACAACUCCGAGUUUACCCCCUCCAAAGCCGUUAGCCUCACCUACGAUGGACCAGUACAGCCCUCCCAGCUACCCGCCCAAUUCGCAGGCCCACCACUACCCUCCUCCAGAGUCGUCGUUCAACUCCAGUGGCCAGGGCCAGCAAGGCUACAACACCAACGAAACCUACCACGUCCAGCCAGACAUGGAAAAGAUGCAAUACAACCAGCGUCCCGAGCCAUCCAAGGACUUUGACGAAAGCUUCAAGAUCGAAAGACCAAAAUUCAACGACUGGCCGUUUGCCGUGUUCUUCCUCUUGGUCGUGGGUGGCUUCAUCGCAGUGGCAGGCAUCACCUUGAACGCCCUCCGCAAGACGUUUGGGUUCCAGGGAAGCUCCAUCUACGACAGCAGAAAUUCCUUCACCAUGAACACCAACACCAUCAUUUUGUUUGCCUUCAUUAUCGUGUUGGGCAUCGUGCUUUCUGCCGGGAUCAUUGUCUACGCAAGAAAGGCACCCCGUUUGUUCAUCACCACUGGCUUGAUCUUAAACGUGAUCUUGGGGCUCGGUACCUGUAUCUACUACUUCGUGAUGCACUACUACUCGGCAGCCAUCGUGUUCUUGGUGUUCACCCUCCUUUCCGCCUGGUGCUACUGGUCGGCAAGGUCAAGAAUCCCGUUCAGUGCCACAGUGUUGCAGAUUGCCAUUGACGUCAUGAAGAGGUACCCCUCCACGCUCAUGACCUCGUUGAUCGGAAUCGUCGUUUCGGGUGCUUUCAGCGUGUUGUUCAGUGUGGUAAUUGUGGCUACCUACGUCAAGUACGACCCCAAUAGUCUGAACCAGGGAUGUGACGUGGCUGGCGGUAGCUGCUCCCAGUCUAAGUUGAUUGGAGUAUUGGUGUUUGUAUUCUUUGCCGGGUACUACAUCUCGGAAGUGAUCAAGAAUGUGAUCCAUGUGGUGAUUUCAGGUAUCUACGGAACCUGGUACUACUUGGCCAACUCCGACCAAGGUGAACCCAAACACCCUGCCUUGGGUGCCUUGAAGAGAGCUCUUACUUACUGUUUCGGCUCCAUUUGUUUCGGUUCCUUGAUCGUUUCCAUCAUCCAAUUAAUUCGUGGAAUUGUCCAGACUUUGAAGACCAACGCCUUGAACUCAGGCGAUUUGUGUGCUGGCUGUGGAUUGUUUAUUGCAGACAUGAUCAUCGGAUUGCUCGAAUGGAUGGUGCGUUACUUCAACCAUUACGCCUACUGUUACGUGGCCUUGUACGGAAAGAGCUACCUCAGGUCUGCUAAGGACACAUUCGACUUGAUUCGCUUCAAGGGAGUGGAUGCGUUGAUCAACGACUGUUUCAUCAACACUUCCUUGCACUUGUACGCCUUGUUCGUGGGAUACCUCACAGCUUUGUUGGCAUACUUUUAUCUUAGGUUCACCAAGCCCGAGUACAACUCCGACGGUACAUACUACGCUCCAGUCAUUGCGUUUGCAUUUUUGAUUUCCGGUCAAAUCACCCGUAUUGCGUUGACUGUCAUUGAGUCAGGAAUUUCCACUUUCUUUAUUGCGUUGGCCAAGGAUCCCGAAGUAUUCCAAAUGACCAACAGAAACAGAUUUGAUGAGAUCUUCAGACACUACCCACAAGUUUUAGAAAAGAUCACCUCUGAUCACUAGAUAGAGGCUGUAAUUUAGACCUCUUCUCUCGCCAGCACUUAAUUUUUCCAUGUUUACUGGCUAAAUAUUGUAUUUCUCACUAUAUUCGUCUCUAUAGUUAAACUUUUCAAUUGAAAUAAAAUAAUAUAAUCAAGGAGCCUAUUGUGGGCUGAAUCGAUAGAAUCUUAUGCCCCACACAGGAACGAUAUGGUUCCUCGGCCAGUGGUUGUUGAGUGAAGGAUCCAAGGGUAUUCUGUCGGAAAAUGGGCUCAAUGGGGAGCUACAUAGGCUGAAAAUGUGUAAAAGGGGGACCUUGACCAUAUACUACAACGAAUGUUAUAAAUUUGCUUCAUUUCUCAGCUAGAAAAUAGAUUAUGAAUUGUCGUUAAGUCUUUAGUCUCUUCAAGUGCGUUUUGAAUUUCUUAGAUUGUUGAUUAAUUUUAUAACUACAUAGAGAAUACACUGGUAUCCCGAAUAACA